AUGGCCAGCUUUCAUCAUGUGAGCCAUGUCGCAAGUCCAAAUUUCGAUGCGAUCACAAUCGACCAAUCUGUGGGAGGUGUGCGCGUCGCCGCCUAUCACAGCAGCAAUGUCAUUACCACCCAGCUCCGAUGGCAAAACAUUCCAUGCCCCAAAGCGAUACAGGGACACUUCAACAACAACAUGUUCCCAGGUUUAUCGCAGCAAGCUCAAGCCCGCAGACAGAAGACUCUCGACCUUACGAGCCAAUCAAUAUGA